AUGGCGCAGAUCUCCACCACAUCCGAACAUACCAUCCAGACCCUGGAACGCAUUGGCGCACAUUCGCACGUCAAAGGUCUCGGUCUCGAUGAUCAGCUCGAACCGCGCCCGUCUUCGCAGGGCAUGGUAGGCCAGCGUGCUGCCCGAAAAGCUGCUGGUCUUAUCGUCAAGAUGGUCCAGGACGGUCGUAUUGCCGGCCGCGCCAUUUUGAUUGCCGGCCCACCCAGUACAGGAAAGACAGCCAUCGCGAUGGGUAUGGCGCAGACCCUUGGCUCCGACGUUCCUUUCACCAUGCUCUCCGCUUCCGAAGUGUUUUCGCUCGAGAUGAGCAAGACUGAGGCGCUCAUGCAGGCAUUCCGUCGUUCCAUCGGCGUUCGAAUCCGAGAAGAGGCGGAAGUCGUCGAAGGUGAAGUGGUCGAGAUCCAGAUUGACCGAUCUUUGACUGGCGCCACCAAGACUGGAAAGUUGACCAUCAAGACCACCGACAUGGAGACCAUCUACGAGCUCGGUAACAAGAUGAUCGACUCGUUGCAAAAGGAAAAGAUCACCGCCGGCGAUGUGAUUGCCAUCGACAAGGCAAGUGGUCGCAUCACCAAGCUCGGACGCAGUUUCACACGUGCCCGCGACUACGACGCUAUGGGAAGCGAUACCAAGUUCGUUCAGUGCCCCGAGGGAGAGUUGCAACGAAGGAAGGAUGUGGUGCACACUGUCUCUUUGCACGAGAUCGAUGUGAUCAACUCGCGAACACAAGGUUUCUUGGCGCUGUUCUCCGGUGACACUGGAGAGAUCAAGCCCGAGUUGCGUGAUCAGAUCAACACCAAGGUGGGCGAGUGGAGAGAAGAGGGCAAGGCCGAGAUCGUUCCUGGCGUGUUGUUCAUCGACGAAGUGCACAUGCUCGAUAUCGAGUGCUUCUCGUUCCUCAACCGCGCUCUCGAGUCGGAGUUGGCACCUUUGGUCAUCAUGGCUUCGAACCGAGGCAUCUGCCGAAUCCGUGGCACACGCUUCCGCUCGCCACACGGUAUGCCCAUCGACUUGCUCGACCGUGUUCUUAUCAUCAGCACCAAACCUUACGAGCUCGAGGACCUCAAGCAAAUCUUGACCAUCCGUGCUGCCGAAGAGGAAGUGACUCUCAAAGCCGAGGCGCUCGAAGUGCUCACACGCAUGGCUUCCGAAACAUCGCUUCGUUACGCCAUCAACCUCAUCACCACCGCCAACCUGGCGGCUAAGCGCAGAAAGGCAGACGCUGUCGAAGUUGCCGACAUUCGUCGAGUGUACAACCUCUUUGUCGACGAGAAGCGCAGCGUGCAGUACCUCAAGGAACAUGCCGAGCAGUUUAUGAGCGAGUCGGACGAGUAUGGCGAUAUCGAUGCGUUGGGUUCGGCUGCUCCCAUCAUUGGUCGUCAAGCUUCCGGUGUUCAGGCUUAA